UCUAAACCCUAAUAACCAGAAUGAUUCUCAUCCUUUUGUUUCUACUUACUACUUUCCUUUACAUAUGCUUUUUAAACCCUAGAUUCCCAAAUCGCGGAGCUAAGCUUCGAUUAAAACCCUAAAAUUCAUCUCUAUUGAAAUUAGAGAGUGCUAGAUCACAGUGACAAGAUCUUCUUGGUUGAUUCAGAACCCAUGAUAACAAGAGCUGAAGAAGAUAUGAUCGAACAUAACAACAACAACAUGAUUUAUGCUGAUUGUGGCACAAGCAAUCAUAAGUUGAGAUUUCUAGGGUUUCUCGUCAAGUUUUGCAAAUUUCUCUGGAGAGGUCGGAGAAGAGAGAAAGCCACGUUGCUUGAAACCCAAGUUUCGUCUAAAGGAUGUCACAAGAAGUUUCAGAAGCUAUGAGUUUACUCGAUGGCCUUUCUUCGGAAGAUCAUUCAAUACAGCUUGAAUCCGCCACCAAGAUCACCAGGCUUCUAUCAGAUGCAAUGCAAGGAAACAGGCCUCUUAAUACCGAAGUUGUAGCUCGUUUCGUUUACCUUCUUCGCAAUGACAAGCGCCCUUUGCUUCAAUGUGAAGCAGCUCGCGGUCUAACAAUCAUUGCUGCUUAUAAACCGGAUGUGGUAGUUGAUCACGAUGCUGGUCUAAUCUUAGUCACGCUUCUUGCUUCCUCUAGAGAUUAUGUCCGUGAGCAGGCUUUAUGGGCACUGGGUAAUCUUGCUUAUCAUCCAAUACACCAUGACUAUGUUCUUGGAUGUGAGGUAUUGAAGCCACUGCUGAGUCAGCUGUACAAGGAUACUAACUUGUCGAUGCUCAGAAUUGCCACUCGGACUUUGUCUAACUUGUGUCAUGGCAUGCCUCCGCCUACCUUUGACGAGGUGAAACCUGCACUUGAAAUACAUCUUAAUUCAAGUGAUGAAGAAGUCUUGAGAUAUGUUUGCUGCGCAAUUGUGCAUCUGUGUGAUGGUUCAGAAGAUGUAAUCCAAAGUGUGAUUGAAGCUGGUUUUGUCCCAAAACUAGUUGAAGUUCUCCGACACCCUUCGCCAGUUGUACUUGCUCCUGUACUUCAUACCAUUGGGACUAUAGUUACUGCAAAUAAUCACCAGAUCCAAGUUGUGAUCAAUUGUGGUGUUUUACCCAUUCUUGCCGACCUGUUUACUCGAGACUAUGAGAUACACAUAAAGGUAAACACUUUCUGGACAAUUUCAAGGAUCACUGCAGGCUUUACAGAACAACUUCAGUCAGUAAUUGAUGCAAAUUUGAUUCCAACGUUGGUCAAUCUGGCUCAACAUGCUGAAUUUGACAUAAAGAAACAAGCUGUAUGGGCAAUAUCAAAUGCAACCUCAGGUGGUUCUCAUGAUCAAAUCAAAUACUUAGUGAAGCAGGGUUGCGUAAAACCUUUAUGUGAUCUCGUGGUAUGUUCAGAUGUAAUGAUCAACUCAGUGUGUCUGGAUGGUUUGGAAAACAUAUUGAAGGCCGGAGAGGCGGAAAAGAACACAGGAGAGGUGAACUGUUAUCUCCAACUGGUUGAUGCCGCGGAAGGGGUGGAAAAGAUUGAGAACCUGCAGAAACACGAAAGCGAUGAGAUCUACAAGAAGGCUUUGAAGAUUCUGGAGACAUACUGGCUUGUAGAGGAGACACAACAACAACCUCCAAGGUGAUUGAUGUGGUUUUGCAGUUGUGAGAGAACCAAGUUCCAGUUCCUGUUGGAGUCAACUUCAGUUCCUGUUGGAGUCAACUUUUGUUCAUCUUUAUAUUGAGUAAACUUGUUGAAAUUGAGUACAUGAUUCGGUUUCAAGAUUGUACUGGACCAGAUACAGUGAUCAAAUACAUGACUGAUGGUAUGCUUCUUAGGGAGAUUCUGAUAGAUGAAAACCUCUUUCAAUACUCUGUAAUCAUGCUUGACGAAGCUCACGAGCGGACAAUCCACACUGAUGAAACGUAGGCUUGACCUUCAUCUGA